AGAGGGGAUAAGAAUGCAUGCAAGGAAAGCAGUUUCUGAGCUGUUGUAGUAAUAUAGAUGAGCAAUGGUGCUAGUGGUGAAAAAUGGUCAGAUUCUGGUUCUAUCUUUGAAGAUACAGACAACAAGCUCUGGAUAUUGGGCAUGAGAGAAAGAGACUGGUUUUGACCCAAACAAUUGUCAGAAUUCUGGUUACAUUUGUGAUGAGAUCAAUAAGUCAGAGAAGCCAGAAAGCUGUGAUAAUGUGAAGGUGGUUGUGAGGUGCCGACCCCUCAAUGAGAGAGAGAAAUCCAUGUGCUACAGACAGGCUGUCAGUGUGGAUGAGAUGAGGGGAACUAUCACUGUACAUAAGACCGAUUCUUCCAAUGAACCUCCAAAGACAUUUACUUUUGAUACAGUUUUUGGACCAGAGAGUAAACAACUUGAUGUUUAUAACUUAACUGCAAGGCCUAUUAUUGAUUCUGUUCUUGAAGGCUACAAUGGGACUAUUUUUGCAUAUGGACAAACUGGAACAGGCAAAACUUUUACUAUGGAAGGUGUUCGAGCUGUUCCUGAACUGAGAGGAAUCAUUCCAAAUUCAUUUGCUCAUAUAUUUGGUCAUAUUGCAAAAGCAGAGGGUGAUACAAGGUUUUUGGUUCGAGUGUCUUAUUUGGAAAUAUAUAAUGAAGAGGUUCGUGACCUCUUGGGCAAGGAUCAGACACAGAGGUUAGAGGUUAAAGAAAGACCUGAUGUGGGAGUUUAUAUCAAAGAUUUAUCAGCUUAUGUGGUAAAUAAUGCUGAUGAUAUGGACAGAAUUAUGACACUGGGCCACAAAAAUCGUUCUGUUGGUGCAACUAAUAUGAAUGAGCAUAGUUCCCGUUCCCAUGCCAUCUUUACAAUUACCAUAGAAUGCAGUGAAAAAGGCGUUGAUGGUAACAUGCACGUCAGGAUGGGGAAGCUCCAUCUUGUAGAUCUUGCUGGUUCAGAAAGACAGGCAAAAACUGGAGCUACUGGACAGCGCCUCAAGGAAGCUACAAAAAUCAAUCUUUCGCUUUCCACCCUUGGUAAUGUAAUUUCUGCCUUGGUUGAUGGAAAAAGCACUCAUGUGCCUUACCGUAAUUCUAAAUUGACUCGUCUUCUUCAGGAUUCCUUAGGAGGAAAUUCAAAGACCAUGAUGUGUGCAAAUAUUGGGCCAGCAGAUUACAAUUAUGAUGAAACUAUUAGUACAUUACGGUACGCUAACCGUGCUAAGAAUAUUAAAAAUAAAGCUAGAAUUAAUGAAGAUCCAAAGGAUGCUUUACUUCGUCAAUUUCAGAAAGAAAUAGAAGAACUGAAAAAAAAGCUUGAGGAAGGGGAAGAAAUAUCAGGCUCUGAUAUCAGUGGGUCAGAAGAGGAUGAUGAUGAAGAGGGUGAGGUUGGAGAAGAUGGAGAGAAAAGGAAAAAAAGAAGGGGCAGUAGCAGCAGCAGUAGUUCAGACUCCACAUGUUCUGUCAUAGAGAAACCUCUGGAUAAGUUCUUGCCUAAUCAAGCAGGUAAAAAGAAAGUUUCCCCUGAUAAGAUGGUUGAAAUGCAAGCAAAAAUUGAUGAAGAGAGAAAAGCACUUGAAACAAAGCUUGACAUGGAAGAAGAAGAAAGAAACAAGGCUAGGGCUGAAUUAGAGAAACGGGAAAAGGAUCUUCUUAAGGCCCAACAAGAGCAUCAGUCUUUGCUAGAGAAAUUAUCCGCACUGGAGAAGAAGGUAAUUGUUGGUGGUGUUGAUUUAUUGGCGAAAGCUGAGGAACAAGAGAAACUUCUUGAAGAAUCUAAUAUGGAACUGGAAGAAAGGAGGAAAAGAGCAGAGCAACUUCGAAGAGAAUUGGAGGAAAAAGAGCAAGAACGCUUGGAUAUUGAAGAAAAAUAUACCAGUUUGCAAGAGGAAGCACAGGGAAAGACCAAAAAAUUAAAGAAAGUUUGGACUAUGCUGAUGGCUGCAAAGUCAGAGAUGGCUGAUCUCCAACAAGAACAUCAGAGGGAAAUUGAAGGCCUAUUGGAGAACAUUCGACAACUUAGCCGGGAGCUUCGGCUUCAGAUGCUUGUUAUUGAUAACUUUAUACCUCAGGAUUACCAGGAAAUGAUUGAAAACUAUGUCCAUUGGAAUGAAGACAUAGGAGAAUGGCAGCUGAAAUGUGUUGCCUACACAGGAAAUAACAUGAGGAAGCAAACUCCAGUUCCUGAUAAAAAAGAGAAAGAUCCCUUUGAAGUGGACCUUUCCCACGUGUAUCUUGCCUACACCGAGGAGAGCCUGCGACAGUCCCUGAUGAAAUUGGAGAGGCCACGGACUUCAAAGGGGAAAGCAAGGCCAAAGACAGGGAGAAGAAAGCGUUCUGCAAAGCCUGAAACUGUAAUUGACUCUUUACUUCAGUAAAUGUUACAGACUUAAAGUCUCAAUAAAAAUAUCACUAUCCUCAUGCCUGGACAAAAUAUUUAAUUAAAACACUGAAGACUUUUGUGUAAUUUCAAGUAAUGAAAGCUGUAAGUCAUGGAGUGAGACUGGAAGUAGUAAUUUGUCUAAUAAUUUUUAGUCUAUAUAUGUCAAUAUAACAUUAAAAUUGCACAACUGGUAAUUGUUCAAAUAGUCAUAUUACUCUUCAUUUUAUACUAUGCAGGGAAGUUGGGGGAGCAGCUCCUACUAUAGAGAGUUGCUGUCGAAAUGCAUUCAUAAAUCUGCUAGUAAUUUGCUCAACUCCUGUGUAUUUACAUAAUUGGAUGUU